AUGUGGGCAGGGCUGAGUCCCGGGACUCGUCGGCGGCACCGCCCCCGCGACGAAAGCAUCCAGUUCCGCCCCGCUCUACCGGCCUUCCGCGCCUCUUACGGCGACCGCGCAAGCUACUCCGGCCUCCUGAUCCAUGAUGGACCCCGUUUUGCCCGUUCCCAAGACAGCCGGUCGAUCGGACCUCGUUCCCUGACCCGGAAAUGCGGUAAACUUUAUUCGAGAAAGUGCUUCCGGUUCGGGAUACCAAACCUCGGGACUGGUGAUUAUGCUUGUCCAAAGUCUAUUCCUGGCCCCCAAAACCCGUACGGAUACGGCACAUGA